AUGCAGUUGCGAUACAUUCUCCCCGCCUACUUGGCGCUGAUCUCUGCCGCCGUUGCUGACGAUGUCGUCGCCGGCAACAAGGACGACAAGACCGUCGCGUUCCACCCCACGACGGUGACCGCCCCAUUUGUUGAGCAAUUCACUACCGGGUGGGACAAGCGCUGGAUUCCUUCCCACACCAAGAAGGUUGUCGACGGUGUCGAGGAUGAGGACUUGCUGCACUACAAGGGACGUUGGGCCGUUGAACAGCCCGAUGUUAUCGCCAUCGCUGGAGAUGAGGGUUUGGUCGUUAAGGAUGCGGCAUCCCACCAUGCUAUCACGGCAAAGUUCCCCACCCCAAUUGACCCCACCGGCAAAUCCUUUGUCGCGCAAUAUGAAGUCAAGCUCCAAAACGGUUUGGAGUGCGGAGGUGCCUACAUGAAGCUUUUGACAGCAGACAGCUCCUUCGACCAGGAGAAGUUUGCCGACAAGACCCCAUACACCAUCAUGUUCGGACCUGACAAGUGUGGUCUGACCAACAAGGUCCACUUCAUCUUCCGUCACACGAACCCCAAAACCGGCGAAAUCGAGGAGAAACACUUGAACGCCCCACCAGCUGCCAAGACCGACAAGAACACGCACUUGUACACCUUGAUCGUCAAUCCCGACCAAACCUUCAGGAUUCUCAUCGACAACGAGGAGGUGAAGAAGGGUUCUCUGUUGGAGGACUUCACGCCCGCCGUCAACCCUCCCAAGGAAAUUGACGACCCAUCGGACACCAAGCCCGCGGACUGGGUUGAUGAGGAGAAGAUCGUUGACCCUGAGGCCACAAAGCCCGAGGAUUGGGAUGAGGAAGCUCCUCUCGAGGUCGUUGACGAGGAUGCCAAGAAGCCCGCGGACUGGCUUGACAACGAAUCUACCGUCAUUCCUGACCCUGAAACCGAGAAGCCCGAAGACUGGGAUGACGAGGAGGACGGCGAGUGGGUGGCACCUAGCAUUCCCAACCCCAAGUGUGAGAAGGCAUCCGGUUGCGGUGAAUGGAAGAGGCCAAUGAAGAGGAAUCCCGCCUACAAGGGCAAGUGGACGGCACCUUUGAUCGACAACCCUCUCUACAAGGGAGUGUGGGCCCCAAAGAAGAUUGCCAACCCCAACUACUUCGAGGAUAAGACGCCAUCGAACUUCAACAAGAUUGGAGCCAUUGGUUUCGAAAUCUGGACUAUGCAAAAUGGUAUUCUGUUCGACAACAUCUACGUCGGUCACAGUGAGAAGGACGCCAACAAGUUGGCCCAGGAAUCGUUCGCCGUGAAGCACAAGAUCGAGCAAGCCAAGGAAGACGAGGUUAAGAAGGCCGCGGAAAAGCUCGCAAAGGAGAAGCCAGUGGACAAGGUCAUCGACUCCACCCUCCCCUUGAUUGAGAAGGCCCGCGCUUACGUUGACAAGUACGCCGACCUUGAAUACCUCCACCGAUUCUUCGACCGCGCCCGCGUUUCCCCUCUGGACGCCGUCAAGGAACUCCCAUGGGUCGCCGCCGCCAUUGUUGGAUCCCUCGUUGUCCCUCUCUUCAUCAUGAGCCUCGUGUUCGGUGCUCCGGCCCCGGCCAAGAAGGCACCUGUGAAGGGCGCAGCCAAGGCCGCCCCCGUCAAGAAGGCCGUCAUCGUCGAGAAGGAAGUCGUCGUUGAGCAAGUCGUGGAGAAGAAGGGCAACGCAACCAAGAGGAACGCUGCCAAAAAGGCCGAAAGCGAUUCCGAGUGAGAAACUCGAAAGCAGCUGAUGGAUCUAUCCAUCUGCGGCGGAACAACCUGAACCCUCUUCCUUUUUUUGGCACCUUAUUCCAUUUCCGAUCAAUCGUCGAGACGUAGCCACGAACAUUUGGGGCGCCGACAGUAGCGUUGGGGGUUACAUACAUCCCUCUUAGGCCUGCCUCCCGAUGCGACGGACGGCGGUCUCGCCGUUGUCUCUUACACAUAUGAUGGCUCGUGUACAUCUGAAGAGGGGCUCGUAGCAUCGUUCUGUAUUUGAAUAAUAGACCCGGGAAGCAUUCGGAAAUGUUCGAAGUUGGCGUUGAACACAUAACAAUGAGAAAAACGGGUACAGUCUGUUUCCAUCAAGCAGGUCGCACCUGGCCGUGGGCAGUCGGCCCAGCGGUUGUUGGCUAGGACAGUGACAGAUCUAGUUUAGAUGAGGGGUCCUAAUACAGUACCUUGAAUAAGGAUGAUGGGUGCAAUGAUCA